AGCAGAGCGAAAAGCUGUGUGGCGGAAAACAGUAAAUGACACAAUAAGCAGUAUAAUCAAAAAUAAACAAUAAAAUAUACCGAAUAGUAUUUAAAAACAGCGGCACCAGCGCACAUACACACGGAACGCAAGGGAGAGAGGGUCAGCCAGAAAGUAUGCAGCAAAUAUGUGAAUAAACACUUCCAAACGGAAACGACAGCAACAACAAGGCAGCAGCAUCAUCACACACACACACUCUGUUGUUGUUAUGUAAGUGUGUGUGCGAGUGCGGGUCUGUGUGCGUGCGUAGUAGUAAAAAUGUAGCAAAACAACAACUGCGACACACAAAAGAAGCAACAAAAAACAUGAGACAACGAAUCUAAGAACCUUUUUGAUACCACAAUUUUGUUAACAAAAAAUAAGGAAGGAAGAAGGUGGAGAGAAACAAAGGGCGAAUAAAGGAAACACGAAAGAAGAAAAGCAAAAGGAAACAAGCAGCUGGCAGAGAGAGAGAAACAGUUUGCCCCGAGAAUUAUACCACAAAAGAACUGGGAGCGCGCGAGCGAAAGAGAGAGCAGAGCGUCCAUCAUCCACCAAUACAAAUGAACAUGCUACACAGUUUCGGCGGCGGCAGCGCUGCCAACGCCACGGGCGACGCCAACAGCGCGGAGACCGAGCUGAAGGAGCGGCUGAUAGCCAGCGUGAAGAAGGAGGUGAAGCAGCUGAUGGAGGAGGCGGUGACCAAGAAGUACGUGCACGAGGAGAGCAGCUCGGUGACCUCGCUGUGCGGCGCCGUGGAGGCCUGUCUGAGCCACGGCCUUCGCCGGAGAGCCCUGGGUCUGUUCAAGACUUCCUCGACGACGGCGCUGAUCCAGAAGAUAGCCAAGAUCUGCCCCGAGGCGGACUACGUGAGCCGGCGUCUCCUCGAACUGGAGCUGGCCCAGGAGUCGCACGCGGUGAGCGGGAAGCGCUCCUCCUCCUCCAGCGACAGCAUCAUCAAGCCGAAGCUGCUCAGCAAGGGCAGUGGGAGCAGCAGCUCGGUGACCACCAUCAACACGGUGUCCAAUGGAGCGGGAGCGGGCUCGGGUGGCGGGGGAGCAGGAGGAGGGGUCAUUGCCCCGCUGGGCAAGUACCUCUGGAUUCGCCUGGCCCUGCACGAGAAGCGGCUGGCCAAGAUCAUCGAGCACCUGGUGAGCAACGCCAGCAGCUACUACGACCGCGAGGCGCUGGUCGCCGACCCGGACUACGGGUCCAUCCUGAGCUCCCUGCUGGUGGGUCCCUGCGCCCUCGAGUUCACCCGGGCCAAGACUGCCGACCACUACUGGUCCGAUCCCUGUGCCGACGAGCUGGUGCAGCGGCACAGGAUCAGCUCGGGCAACCGCACGCCGCCCACCACCCACCGGCCCAUCAUCAACUUCAAGCGCAGCCUGCACACCAGCUCGGAGGACACGAGCAGCGGCUCCUUCAAGGCCUGCUCGCCGGCGAGCGUGGCCAAGGACUACGUGGAGUCGCUGCACCAGAACUCCCGCACCACGCUGCUCUACGGCAAGAACAACGUGCUGGUGCUGCCCAAGGACGUGUCCGAGCCGAUGCCCGGCUACCUGAGUCUGCACCAGAGCGUCCAGUCGCUGACCAUCAAGUGGACGCCCAACCAGCUGAUGAACGGCUACAACGACGGCGACGGCGGCGACAAGAGCUUCUACUGGAGCUACGCCCUCAACAUCAACGUGGACGAGAUCGUCUACGUGCACUGCCACCAGAACCGCGGAGGCGACACUGGAGGCACCAUCAUCCUGGUGGGCCAGGACGGCGUCCAGCGGCCGCCCAUCCACUUUCCCGAGGGUGGGCACCUGCAGGCGUUCCUCAGCUGCCUGGAGACGGGCCUGCUGCCCCACGGCCAGCUGGAUCCCCCGCUGUGGUCGCAGCGCGGCAUCGGCAAGCUUUUCCCCUGGCCCAGGAGCGUGCGCCGCCACAUCCUGCCCUCGGUGAUGGAGGCAGGUGCUCCGGCGGCCGACGAGACGCCCAUCGACUAUGUGUUCCGGGUGGUCAGCAAGAGCCAGCACGAGGAGUUCCUGGCCAGCCAUCCCAUCCUGGAGCUGGGGCGCUCCAGUCCGCGCAGGAAGCACCUGGGCAGCUGCUCCACCACAGGAAGCAGCGACUGCUCCAGCAAGAGCCUCUCCAUCGACCAGAGCAGCUGCGAGACGCCCCUCAUCCAGGCCAGCCAGAGCACCAGCAUCGAGCUGGUCUGCUCCACGAUGCGCAGGCAGAUCAUCUCCAGGGCCUUCUACGGCUGGCUGGCCUACUGCCGCCACCUCUCCACGGUGCGCACCCACCUGUCCGGCCUGGUCAACGUGCGCAUCAUGCCCGACCUGGCUGCGGACGAGGAGGGUCUGACCCGCGACAAGUGGCUGGCGAUGCACGAGGACGGCGUGCUCACCGGCGAACUAGAGCUCUACCGCCUGGUCUACUUCGGCGGCGUUGAGCCCGAUCUGCGCAAGGACGUGUGGCCCUACCUCCUGGGACACUACGCCUUCGGCUCCACGCCGGAGGAGCGGCGGAAGCAGGACGAGACCUGCAAGCACUACUACGAGACGACGAUGAGCGAGUGGCUGGCCGUGGAAGCCAUCGUACGUCAGCGGGAGAAGGAGAAGACGGCCCUGGCCGUGGCCAAGCUGAGUGCCGAGCAGGCUCGCCUGGCGGCCAAUGCGGCCAGCUCCUCGAAUCCCCACCAGAAACUCUCCAACGGCAGUCGGCAGCCGGAGUUGGAGCAGCGGAAUGGCGAGGAGGAACAGGAGCGGAUCAUCUUGGAUGAGGGCGAGAACGAUGUGUUCGAUGACAAUGACUUCUCGGACAUAUCCGAUCCGGGGGAUCUUUUCGAUGAGCCGGAACUGGGCCAGGAAGCCGAGGAGCAGCAGGAGCAAAGCAACCCAGAGGAGCAGGAGGAGCUGUUGGACAGGCAAGAGGAAGAGCAGGAGGAGCGCGGGCUGCCACGUCUCAGCGAGCAACUGGUUCUGGAGUUCCAGAACCUGGACGGCAUGGAGCCACUGCGUCUGCAGGAGAACUGUUUCGCCGAUUCCGAGACGGAAAACGACCUGGGACUGGGUCUGGAUGGCAGCGGAAACAUCCUGAUGCUGAGCAUCAAGAGCUCCCCGUCGACCAGCAGCUACGAGACGGUGGGCAACGAGUUCGUGGACAUGGCGGAAGCCAAGCUUGAGGAGGAAGAGCGCCCGGGAGAGCUGAGCAAGUUCCACAGCGCCGACGAUGUGCGACUGGAAAACCCGGUAGAGGAGGAGGAGGAGCCAUCGCAGCCGGCCACGGCGGUCAUCAUCACGGAGGCGGCCUCGCUGGACGCCCUGGACGUGGACGACGAUCCCACCGAGGAGUUCACCUCGCGCAAGACCAGCCUGAUGUCGCCGCUCAACGAGGACAUCACGGUGGUGGCCUCGCUGGAUGCCCUGCAGGAGCCAAAGUCCGCCUGCGUCUCUCCGGCCAGCUCCAAUGGCGGCGUCUACAGUGUGGAGCUGCUGGAGCAGUUCGGGCUGAAUCUGCACCGGAUCGAGAAGGACGUGCAGCGGUGCGACAGGAACUACUGGUACUUCGCCAGCGAGAACCUGGACAAGCUGCGCAACGUGAUCUCCACGUACGUGUGGGAGCACCUGGACGUGGGCUACAUGCAGGGCAUGUGCGACCUGGUGGCGCCCCUGCUGGUCAUCUUCGACGACGAGUCGCUCAGCUACAGCUGCUUCUGCAAGCUCAUGGAGCGCAUGAUCGAGAACUUCCCGAGUGGCGGGGCCAUGGACAUGCACUUCGCCAACAUGAGAUCCCUCAUCCAGAUCCUCGACUCCGAGAUGUACGACCUGAUGGACUCGAACGGGGACUACACGCACUUCUACUUCUGCUACCGCUGGUUCCUGCUGGACUUCAAGAGGGAGCUCGUCUACGACGACGUCUUCGCCACCUGGGAGGUGAUCUGGGCGGCCAAGCACAUCGCCUCCGGCCACUUCGUCCUCUUCCUGGCCCUGGCCCUGCUGGAGACCUACCGCGACAUCAUCCUCUCGAACAGCAUGGACUUCACCGACGUCAUCAAGUUUUUCAAUGAAAUGGCCGAGCGCCACAACGCCCAGUCGAUCCUGCAGCUGUCCAGGAACCUGGUCCUCCAGCUGCAGACCAUCAUCGAGAACAAGUGAAGAGCCAUCGGCAGACAUCAGACAUCAGACCCCAGACCUCAUCAUCCGUCGUCAGUUCCUGGAGACCUCAGUUCCGAUCAGUAUUGAGCAUGCGAUGUACUAAGUAGCUAGCACCUAGGGCCUAGAAAGUUAGAAAGCGCUUGGGGACACAUAACCGGAGACAUAUAGCAUAUACCCUAACCACAUAUACCAUAGAACACAUAUACGUGCACCACAAGCCUGCACCCUAGAGAUGGCAAUUAGCUGAGGUUUUUGGGAGGCUUCCCGCAAUCCGCAAUGGUUUUUUGGAAACGGCUGGGAAUCGCUUAAAGAAACUUAACAAAAUAAAGGAAAUUGUAGUGACCUGAAAAAACAAAAGAGAGAAAAUCAAGUGGAAACCGAGCAACGUAACAGAUGAACUAUUUAUACUUAUACAAUAUACAUGCAUAUACCGAUUAUAUUAUAUACAGGCAGUUGCAUAUUUAUACGUUUUGUAUAUUCGAGAACCGGGCGAGGAUCACGGGCAUAUAUGGAUAUUGUGUUAGAUAUCGUCUAUAUAUGGCAGUGCUGUGGGGCUGCGACUGCGGCCAAUUGUUGUUAAUGUUACGUUAUAGAUUUGGAAGUUAUCAGGUAUGUUAUAUGCGCAUUGAAGGAAUUCAGGGGGAGGCAAGGUGGGCUUUUCGAGAGAGGUUUAUUGUCACUUUAAAAACUGUGUUCAAUUGUUGAAAACCAGAGAAAAGUGGAGGUUUUCGAGGGGAUUUCUCUGAGGAGUUUUGGAAUCUGUGGUGAUUUUAUAUCGCUUCAGAACAGUUGAGUUUUAGGAAGGAGAGCUUAGAAGAUCUAAAACUUGCAGUGAUUUAAUUUCGCUUUAAUAACUUUGUGUAAAGCAAAAUAUUUCGAUACGGAGAGUUGAGUUUCUCAAGGAUAAGCAUUUCGAGGUGAUUUGAAAUCGCCGGAAAAGAGUAGAUUUUUUUACAGCCUACUAUAUUAGGGGACUUAAGAUCUAUAAUGAUUUGACAAAGCUUAAGUCCUGUGUGCGAUGACAGGAGAUUUUCAAAAAGGCAGUAGAGCUAUGUAAGGAUUACCAUUUUGAGGAGUUUUAAGACCUGCAGAGGUUUUUGAGGCCACCCCUGAAUCGUGAUGCAAUUGUUUGCUUGUUCGGAUUGUUUUCCCCAUUUUUCCUUUGUAGCUGCAAGCGUUAGGAAAACAUUUUGUAUUCGAGUUGCCCGACAGGUGGAUCCUGGGGCCAUAUUUCUAUGGGUAAACCAAGCCACAGAAAACACAGAAAAACGUUACGAAAUUAUUGUUGACGGCUGCGAAGCGCUGAGUUUGUUUGUUAGCAGAAUUAAUAGCAGCCCAACAUAUAUAUAGACAUACUAUAAACUAGUAUUUAUACAAAUAUUAACCCAAAACAUAGAUAUAGGAGCGGAACGUGUUAGCCGUGUAUUGUUAUAACCGAACCCGAUUCGUUGCUACUCUCAGGCAAACUACACACAUAGAUUCUAUCCGGUUUUCGUUGUUUUUUGGUAAGUGCAGGCGCACCAAAAAUCCCUCCACUGGGCUUGUAUACAACUUAUAUUAUAUAGAACUAUAUAGAGCGAACACUUUGUGUGGAAUCUGAUUUAAUGCGAGAAGCACGCUUUUUGUGUAUGGAAAAACGUAAAAACGAAAACCAAAAAAAUACUUAAUGUGAUUUCUUGUUGCUUCUUUGAAUAUUGAUAUUUUUGUAAGCGCUAAACCGUAUACAUAUACAUAUAUAUAUAUACAUAACGAAAGGGAAGGAGAUGGCAGGCAACAGAAAGAGACGGCGAGCGAUGUCGGAAGAGAGGGGAGAUAUAUUUUACACUUGGCUGGGAAAAACCGGGGGAUAGAGAAAGUCAGUCGAGUCCAACCAAAGUUUGGCCACACUUUUGAUACACAUAUUCGACAGAAGAUCAAACGAUCCACCACGACAAAAGCAAAACUAAAGAACUAAAACACGAAGAGCAAGGCAGGAACUCUCGCUAUAACAUAUUGUAUCGUAACCAAGCUAAGCUACCGUAUAUAUAUACACAUAUAUAUACCCGUCUGUGUAGAGACACCACCUAUAGAGCCCCGAGCAUAUAGAUAUUACGUUACCCACGAUUGUAACCACAACAUUUAGCAUACGCAUGAAUAUUACGAAUACCCUAUGUUCCGAGCGAAACCCACAUGAAGCCCAGAGAAAACAAACAACCGAUUAAUGUAUAAUUUACCGAAACCAUGUCGGUGGAAUCAAAAUAAAAGAAAUUAUGUAAAAUGUUUACAAGAAACCGG